AUGGACGCGCUGGAGUCGUUGUUGGACGAGGUGGCCUUGGAGGGGCUCGAUGGCCUGUGCCUGCCUGCACUCUGGAGUCGCCUGGAGACGCGAGUGCCGCCCUUCCCGCUGCCUUUGGAGCCCUACACGCAGGAGUUUCUCUGGCGGGCUCUUGCCACGCAUCCGGGCAUCAGCUUCUUUGAGGAGCCACGAGAGCGACCUGAUCUCCAACUCCAGGACCGGUAUGAAGAAAUUGAUUUUGAAACCGGAAUCCUGGAGUCCAAGAGGGACCCGGAGCCUCUGGAGGAUGUCUACCCUAUACAUAUGAUUUUGGAGAAUAAAGAUGGCAUCCAGGGCUCCUGCCGUUAUUUUAAGGAAAGGAAGAACAUCACCAAUGAAAUCAGGACCAAGUCUUUGCAACCUCAUUGCACGAUGGUGGAAGCCUUUAGCAGAUGGGGGAAGAAACUGAUCAUCGUUGCCUCGCAGGACAUGCGGUACAGGGCCUUGAUCGGCGCAGAGGGGGAUCCAGACCUGAAGCUCCCCGACUUCUCUUACUGCAUUUUGGAGCGAUUGGGCAGGUCCAGGUGGGAAGGCGAGCUCCAGCGUGACCUUCACAGCACUGCUUUCAAGGUGGACGCUGGGAAGCUUCACUAUCACAGAAAAAUCCUGAACAAAAACGGGCUCAUCACCAUGCAGUCCCAUGUGAUCCGCCUGCCCACUGGCGCCCAGCAGCACUCCAUCCUCCUCCUCCUGAACCGAUUCCACGUGGACAGGCGGAGUAAAUACGACAUCCUCAUGGAGAAGCUCUCGGAUGUGCUGAGUACGCGGAGUAACCAGAUAGAGACGCUGGGAAAGCUGAGGGAGGAACUGGGGCUGUGUGAACGGACCUUCAAGCGUUUGUACCAGUACAUGCUGAGUGCUGGACUGGCUAAGGUGGUGUCUCGUCCUUUACAAGAAAUUCACCCCGAACGUGGACCCUGUAAGACAAAGAAAGGGACCGACGUUAUGGCCCGGUGCCUCAAGCUGCUGAAGGAGUUCAAGCGGAGGUAUGAAGAUGACCAGGACGACGACGAUGACGAGGAGGUCAUAUCCAAGGCCCUGCCCCCUGUGGACAUAGUGUUUGAACGGGACAUGCUCACGCAAACCUACGAACUCAUUGAACGCAGAGGCACCAAAGGAAUUUCUCAAGCUGAAAUCCGAGUGGCUAUGAACGUGGGGAAACUCGAAGCAAGAAUGCUGUGUCGUCUUCUUCAGAGGUUCAAAGUGGUCAAGGGAUUCAUGGAAGACGAGGGUCGGCAGCGGACCACCAAGUACAUCUCCUGCGUUUUUGCAGAAGAGAGUGAUCUGAGCCGUCAGUACGAGAGGGAGAAAGCCCGGGGUGAGCUACUGACCACUGUGAGCCGGGCCUCUGUGCAAGAGGAGUCCCUCCUGCCUGAUGGAGAAGACGCGUUCCUCUCCGAGUCGGACAGUGAGGAGGAGUGCAAGAGCAGCAGGAAGAAGGGCAAACGGUCGCAGGGGGACAGGGCACGAGCCACACCGGCCAAGGGUGGCUGGAAGGGUACAAACCGAAACCCAAUGAAGAAGCCGCUGGCUGGUUCCUCGGGAGCUGGCGAAGAGAAAGCCGGCUGGAGCUCUGUCGGUGGGGACGGCCACCUGGACACCAGUGGCUUCUCGGACACCAGUGGCCCUUUCAGCUCCCACUGUAUCGAUAGCAACAGUGGUGACAUAGCUGUCAUUGAAGAGGUCAGGAUGGAGAACCCAAAGGAAAGUAGCAGCUCGCAGAAGUCCGGGAAGCAGAAGGAUCAGGACAAACCCCACGAGACCUAUCGUCUAUUGAAACGGAGGAACCUGAUCAUCGAGGCCGUCACCAACCUCCGCUUGAUUGAGAGCCUGUUCACGAUUCAGAAAAUGGUCAUGGAUCAGGAGAAGCGAGAAGGAGUGUCCACCAAGUGCUGUAAGAAGUCCAUCGUCCGCUUGGUGCGGAACCUGUCCGAGGAAGGUCUUCUGAGACUGUACCGAACUACAGUCAUUCAAGAUGGCAUCAAGAAGAAGGUGGAGCUGGUGGUGCACCCGUCCAUGGACCAGAACGACCCUCUCGUGAGAAGCGCCAUCGACCAGGUCCGUUUCCGGAUCUCCAACUCGAGCACAGCAAACAGAGUGAAAAUUACCCAGCCUCCAGUGUCUCAGGGAGAGACAGAGGAAGAAAGUCAAGGAAAAGACGUCCCCGGUGGAUCAGGAUACGCUCAGCCUAAUGCCUCCUCUAAACCUGAAAGUGGACGGAUGAAAAAAGCGGAUGAUAAAGUGGGCGUAGAUGAGCUUCAGAACUGCCAACCUGUUAUAGUUCCUGGACUUGGGCGCACUCUAGGGUUUCUGCCCAAAAUGCCUCGGCUGCGGAUGAUCCACGUGUUUCUCUGGUACCUGAUCUAUGGACACCCAGAGGGCUACCUGAUGGAGAAGCCUCACCUCCGCAGUGAAAGGAGGCUGAGAAGGCAGGAGGCUGGGAGAGCCUCGGGAAACGACACAGAGGCCUCCUCUGAUGCCCCAAACAGAGACCACGAAGACUUCACCAUCUUGGAGACUGAAGUGGACAUUGCCACAGAGGCAGUGUAUGUGAACGAAGCCACGUGGACUCGCUGCGUCCCUCCCCUCCCCGUCCACAGGGACUUUGGCUUUGGCUGGGCUCUUGUCAGCGACAUCCUCCUCCGCCUGCCCCUCUCCGUCUUCAUCCAGAUUGUACAAGUCUGCUACAAGGUGGAUGGCCUGGACGACUACCUGAACGACCCUGUGAAGAAACACACGCUGAUCCGCUUUCUCCCGAGGGCCAUCCGGCAGCAGCUUCUGUACAAGAGGCGUUACAUAUUCUCCGUCAUCGAGAGCCUGCAGAGACUCUGCUACAUGGGCCUGUUGCAGUUUGGGCCCACGGAGAAGUUCCAGGACAAAGACCAGGUCUUUAUCUUCUUGAAGAAGAACGCUGUCAUCGUUGACACCACCACCUGUGACCCCCAUUACCACCUGGCCCACAGCACCCGGCCCUUUGACCGGCGCCUCUACGUCCUCGAAUCCAUGCAGGACGUGGAGAACUACUGGUUUGAUCUGCAGUGCGUCUGUCUCAAUACCCCACUAGGUGUGGUGCGCAACCCACGCCCCAAGAAGAGCAGCGCCCACGACCAGGGCAGCGAUGAGGAGGGCAGUCUGCAGAAGGAGCAGGAGAACGCCAUCGACAAGCACAACCUGGAGCGCAAGUGUGCCCUGCUGGAGUACACCACGGGCAGCCGUGAGGCCGUGGAUGAUGGUGUAAUCCCCGGAGAUGGGCUGGGGGCCGCUGGGCUGGAUUCUAGUUUCUACGGCCACUUAAAGCGCAACUGGAUCUGGACCAGCUACAUCAUCAACAAGGACAAGAAGGAGAAUAUUUCCUCCGAAAACGGGCUCACAAUGAGGCUGCAGACAUUUCUGACCAAGCACCCACUGCCCCUCGGCAGCGGAGGUGGUAACCGGUUGAACAUGUGGGGAGAGAUGAAAGCAGCCCCUGAGCGCCUUGCUGACAGAGAAGAGUUUGAGGUGGACUCGGAGUCCACGCUGGACAGAAACAAAAGAGUGAGGGGCGGGAGAGGCCAGAAGCGGAAGCGACUGAAGAGGGACACAGGGAGGAAAAUCAAGAGGAAGAAAAAAGAAGAUCUCCCCGAGGAGAAAGGCAGGAAGCCGCGCUACCACGACGAGGCCGACCAGAGCGCCCUGCAGCGGAUGACCCGCCUGCGUGUCACCUGGUCCAUGCAGGAGGACAGGCUGCUCAUCUUCUGCCGAAUCGCCAGCAGCAUCCUCAACACCAAGGUGAAGGGCCCGUUUGUUCCGUGGCAAGUUGUUCGGGACGUUCUGCAUAGCACCCUCGAAGAGUCUUUGGAUAAAACGUCUCAUUCGGUUGGACGAAGAGCUCGCUACUUGGUGAAAAACCCACAGGCCUAUCUGAACUACAAGAUUUGCCUCGCCGAGGUAUACCAGGAUAAAGCACUUAUUGGAGACUUUAUCAACCGCAAGUCCAACUAUGAUGACCCAAAGGUUUGUGCCAGUGAAUUUAAAGAAUUUGUGGAGAAGCUGAAAGUGAAGUUCAGUUCAUCCCUGAAGAACCCUGACCUUGAAAUCCCAGACACGCUCCAGGAGCUAUUUGCCAGAUACCGAGUUCUGGCAAUUGGAGAUGAAAAAGAUCCUGUCAUUGAAGAGGAUGAACUUAACAGCAUGGACGAUGUGCAUUUCCUGGUGCUGCAGAACCUCAUCCAGAGCACCCUGGCCCUCUCCGACAACCAGAUGAAGUCCUGCCAGUCCUUCCAGACGUUCCGCAUAUACCGGGAGUAUAAGGAGCAGAUUCUGGUCCGGGCCUUCGUGGAGUACCAGAAACGGAGCCUGGUCAACCGGCGCCGGGUCAAUCACACGCUGGGGCCCAAGAAAAACCGGGCUCUGCCCUUCGUGCCGAUGUCCUACCAGCUGUCCCAGUCCUACUACAGGGUUUUCACCUGGCGUUUCCCAAGCACCAUCUGUACAGAGUCAUUCCAGUUCUUCAGCAGAAUGCUGGCAGCUGGCAAGUCAGACCAGCCUGAUUGUUUUACCUUCAAAGACAAAGACCAGGAUAAUGACAGCACUGCAAAUGACCUCCUGGCCUUUACGCUGGACGCCCCCGGGGGACACUGUGUGGCUGUCCUGUCCCUUUUCUCUCUGGGCCUUAUUUCUGUGGACAUGAAGAUCCCUGAGCAGAUUGUGGUGGUGGACAGUACAAUGGUGGAAAAUGACGUCAUCAAGAGCCUGGCGAAAGAUGGCGGCUUGGAAGACGAUGACGACGAUGAUGAGGACUUGGACGAAGGCUCGGGGAGCAAGCGUCGGAGCAUCGAGGUGAAAGCCCCCCAGGCCUCCCACACCAACUACCUGCUCAUGAGGGGCUACUACGCCCCCGGCAUCAUCAGCAGCCGCAACCUCAGCCCCAACGACAACAUCGUCGUCAACUCCUGCCAGGUGAAGUUCCGGCUUCGAAGCAGCUCCGGGCCCACCUGCCUCCAGUCCUCCGCCCCUUCUCUGGAUGAGAUGACGGUGGGACCCUCCUGCCUCCCUGCCUCUCUAACCAGCGUGCUCAAUACCCAGGAGAUCAGCUUGGAAGAGUUUGUCCACCUGGUGGUGCUGUCUGGGUACAAACCAGAAGACGUGGUUGCUGCCCUGGAAAUCCAGAGGGCCGUUGAAGCCACGGGGGGGUUUGGAGUCGACAAGCUGGAGCUGAGCAGACGGUUUUCUGCCCUUGAGAAGACAAGUGAUGAGCGCACCAGGACGUUCACCGACUACGUGCAGGACCUCCUGGAGCAUCGCCAGGUCCUGGAGGUUGGCGGCAACACAGUCCGCCUGGUGACCAUGGCCUUUUCCGGGCCUUGGCUCCUGCACUCGGUACAGCUGAAAGACAGAGAGGAAGACGUCCAGUCCCCAAGGGAAGACCUCCAGGCCAGGCCCCCGGGGGGACCGUCUGGUGAAAGCAGCCCCUUCGAGAGGCAGACCCCAUUUCUUCAAAGCCCCCAGCGACUCAAGAGGCCUGCCAGCUGGGCCAGCAGUGACACCACCAGCACACACAGUCCCGGUGAUGACCUGCAGCCCCCUGCAAAGCGACCUGCGUUCCAUAGUGUGUGUGUGUCCCCCAGCAGCCGGCUCAGAGCAGACGCUGGGCCGGAAACCCGGGUCCCUGCCCUGCCUGCAGCUCCUGAGGACAUGGGGGCCAGGAAUGCUCCCCCAGGAGCAUCAGACGCCGAGCAGGAGGACCAGGAGGGCUUCGUGGAACCCAGCUCACCAGGCCAGGAGCAGCUGAGCUGCCAAGUCCGGAACUGUGAGAACAUCUCCUUCAUCAGCCGCCCAUGGCGCAUCGUGGACGGCCAGCUGAACGCGCCCGUGUGCAAGGGCAUGAUGGAGGCCGUGCUCUACCACAUCAUGUCCAAGCCUGGCAUCACCGAGAGCUCCCUGCUGCAGCACUACGACGGCGUCCUGCAGCCCGUGGCCGUGCUCGAGCUGCUCCAGACUCUCGAAUCCCUCGGCUGCGUGAGGAAGCGCACGGUGUGGAAGCCCCCAGCUGCCUCGCUCUUCUCGAAGCCCCUCAUAGAAGAUUCUGUGUGCCAUGGCGCUGAGCGCGGUCACCUGGGGCUCAUUGAUGAGCCAGGUGGCACCUGGCAGCCACUGCCUCCGACGUGUGAAAACCACAAGCGCACCUUAGCCCAAGUAUCUUCAGAGCUGAUCACACGUGGGGACUGUCCCCCAGGCCCCACAGCCUCCGGAGGAGGCUGGUUUCUCACCCCCUCCCACGGCGAGGCUGGCCGCAGGAGGAAGGAAACGGUGCUCUGA